UCCCACUUGAGCAUUCACAACGUGAACCGUAAUUUUCCCGGGAAGAUGACUUCAUCAAACUAUAUAAGCCCUACUCUAUUCAAUUUUUGAAUUUUCAGUUAGUUACAAUCACACACUUCCCGCGUUCCAUUCCUUCUCCUCUCGCACUUCUCUCUUCCACACACCGACGAAUCCUUCUGCAUCUUCUUCCUCUCUCAGUUAACUCCGCAUUCCCAUAAUGGAUUCAUAUUCUUUGAAGUCCGUAUUUGAUUUGCCUCAACCAUUUCAAUCAUGUUUUAGUUUCAGAUAUUUUAAUUCACUUCAGAGUGAAUGCUUUCCUACCUGUUACCACUCUGAUGUAAACAUGGUCAUCUCUGCUCCGACCGGAAGUGGUAAAACAGUACUCUUUGAGCUUUGCAUUUUGAGGCUUCUCUCCAGGUCCAUAUCAUCUGAGGGAAGAUUCAUACAUGUGAAGGGAUCUCUUAAAACAAUCUAUAUUGCCCCAUCUAAGGCUUUAGUUCAGGAGAAGGUCCGUGAUUGGAAUCAGAAAUUUGGACCAUGGGGGAUUUGUUGCCUGGAGCUGACAGGUGACAAUGAAUCUUACACUCCAAGAAAUAUAAAUGAAGCAGAUAUCAUUCUAACCACUCCAGAGAAAUUUGAUGCAGUGUCGCGAUAUGGUAUAGAAAGCGGUGGUUUGAGUUUUUUCAGUGACAUAGCACUUCUACUAAUUGAUGAAGUCCAUCUGCUGAAUGAUCCACGUGGAGCUGCGCUGGAAGCAAUUGUUAGCAGAAUAAAAAUUAUUUCUUGCAAUCCAAAAAUGAAAUUAAAUCCUCUGGCUCAGGUCCGCUUCCUCGCUUUAUCAGCAACAAUUCCAAAUAUUGAGGAUCUAGCUAAAUGGCUCCUGGUUCCUGACCAAGGGAUCAAAAGGUUUGGAGAAGAAAUGAGGCCAGUAAAGCUGACAACCAAGGUUUUUGGCUAUGCUCCAGCCAAGAAUGACUUUCUAUUUGAGAAGCGCCUUCAAAACUAUAUUUUUGAUAUUCUCAUGCAAUACUCCAAAGGGAAAUCUGCGCUUAUAUUUUGUUCAACAAGAAAAGGAGCUCAAGAAGCAGCUCAGAGACUCGCUCAAAUUGUCAUGAAUUUUGGUCAAUCAAAUCCUUUCAUCAAGAGCAGAGAACAACAAGAUCAGCUGAGGGAGGCUUCUAUGUCACUUAGUGACAAACAAAUGCAAUCAUAUAUUCUUUAUGGUGUUGGUUAUCACAAUGGUGGGCUUUGCCACAAAGAUCGCAGUAUUGUGGAAGGCCUUUUUCUCAAAGGUGACAUCCAAGUACUUUGCACCACAAAUACACUAGCCCAUGGAAUCAACCUCCCAGCGCAUACAGUGGUUAUUAAAUCAACACAACACUUCAACAAGGAAAAAAGUCUUUACAUGGAGUAUGACCGCUCCACUAUAUUGCAGAUGUCAGGAAGGGCAGGCCGACCACCAUUCGAUGAUACAGGCAUGGUUAUAAUCAUGACAAGGAGAGAAACGGUUCAUUUGUAUGAGAAUCUCUUAAGUGGGUGUGAAGUAGUGGAAUCACAAUUACUCUCAUGUGUGACGGAGCAUUUACUUGCCGAAAUAGUUCAACUGACAGUAUCCGAUAUUACAAAAGCAAUUGAAUGGAUGAAAUGCUCAUACUUGUAUGUUAGAAUGAAAAGGAAUCCUGAGAACUAUGGAAUUAAGAAGGGAAUUUCUGCCGAUCGUUUAGAGAAGCAUGUGCAAGAGAUUUGUGUUCAGAAAGUUAACGAAUUAUCACAGUAUCAAAUGGUAUGGGUUGAUGAAGAUGGUUUCCUCUUGAGACCAUUAGAUCCUGGAAGGUUAAUGACAAAGUACUAUUUGAGAUUUGACACCAUGAAACAAAUAAUGCGGACUCCUGAAAGCUGCAGUUUAGAAGAUGCUCUUCGUGUUGUAUGCUUUGCCGAAGAAAUUAUGUGGAUACAGCUCAGGCGCAAUGAAAAGAAGAUCUUAAAUGAUAUCAAUGCAGACAAAGAUGGCCGGCUUCGAUUUCACAUUCUUGGAGAUAAAGGAAAAAAGAAAAAGCGCAUUCAAACAAGAGAAGAAAAGAUAUUUAUUUUAGCAAAUGACUGCUUAACUGGUGAUCCUUCAGUGCAUGAACUAUCUCUAAUUCAGGACAUAAAUUCUAUAUGCUCGAAUGGAUGCAGAAUUGCAAAGUGCAUGAAAGAGUAUUUUGUUUAUAAAAAGAAUUUCAAAGGAGCUGUGAAUUCAGCCCUUCUAGCCAAAUCAUUUAAUCAGAAACUUUGGGAUGAUAGUCCAUACCUUUUAAAACAGUUGCCUGGCAUUGGGAUGAUCACAGCAAAGGCACUGCAUUCAAUGGGAGUUAAAUCAUUUGAAGCACUCGCUGAAGCUGAUCCGAGGAAAAUAGAGCUAGUGACUGGUCGAAAAUACCCAUUUGGCAACCAUAUUAAGGAUUCUCUCUUGUCUCUACCUCCAAAAGUUGAUGUAAAGCUUACAGAAAUGGAAAGCCAUACACAUGGAAAGUCCAAGCUUGUAGUAACAUUGACUAGGAUAUCACAGUCAGGGCAGUCAGCAAAACGACAUUAUGCUGAUAUGAUCAUUGGUUUGGAAGAAGACAACACUAUUUUCUUUCACGAAAAAAUUAGGGUUGAUCAGUUCUCCAGCCCAUAUAGCACUACAAUUCUUGUGCCCAUCUCACAAGGGAAGCAGACUAUCAAAGCCAAUUUUAUAUUUGAGGAAUACAUUGGUAUUGAUGUCCAUCAAAAGCUUUUCUUUAUGAAAGAGAUCAGUUCAGAUGUGAUUUUAAAAAGAAACAGGAAGCAGGCUUCUUUUCCUCCACCUGAAGAGAUAUUUGUAAUAGAAGAUGAUGACAGGAAUCUAACUCAUAUACCGCAGGAAGAGACAAGCACUUUGAGCAAGGAUAAGGAGGAAAGUAAUUCCAUUCCCACUUUCGACCUUUUGAAUGAAAUGUUUGAGGAAGAUGAGUGUGCUACCGAGGUUCAAGAAGACAAAUUCAAAAUCAUCACUGAGAAAACAGUAUUUGAUCACAUACGGGAGAAAGCAAAAAACUUUUCUCUCCUGUCUUCAUUUGAAAAUAUUCGCUGCCCACCAGUGGAGGUCCUUCUUGGAAGAAAUCAUGCCUGUGAGAAGUGGUCUAACCAUGGUCAUGAGAAGACGUCUUACCAUGGGCAUGAAGUAGUCGUCUUGGAUGAUGAUGACAACAAAGUUCCAGGACAAACUGAUGUCAAUUUUCAGGCUGAUCUCAGAAAAGCAGAACAGGAAGAUAUCAACCUUAGUCUGACUUUAAAUGAUCACAAUAUAGCUGUAAACUCAGAUAACAUAAGCAGUGUAGUUGAUACAGGCAUUUUCUUCCCUGAACCUAAAGCAAGAAGCUAUGAAAAUGCAACUGAAGAAACAGUAUUUGACCAUAUAAAGAGAAAAUCUGAGGAUUUCCCCCAGAUAAGUAAGCUUGAUUGCUUGGAGACAGCUAUCAAGAAAACUGAGUUCUUCUCAAAGAAUCAUCCCAAUUCUUUGAAAGCUGCUUUAGGUAUGGUAGCAGAGACAAAUUUCUCAGACAUGGUCACGGGUAGUAUGCUUACUUCAGAUAUGAAAACUGCUGAUGUGGAAAACUAUUCAUCUGGUUUUCAAGUUGGUACUUCUGUUAAUCACAAGAAAUCUGAAGAUUCCUGUUGCACAGAUGGAGUAGUAAAUAUUUCUAAGGGCGUUUCAAGCACCAAUUCUGUUCAAUCGUCAAAUUUUGUUCCAUUUAUUGGUUUUCCAAUGUCUAAAGAGAAAAAUUGGUCAUCAGAUUCUGGAAGCUUUGAACAGAGAAGUAAGAAGCAGCGUUGCUCGCCGAUAGAAUCAAAAGAAGAGAAGUUAAAUUCAUGUGAAAUAAGAAGACAGUGCUGUUCUUUGGAAACUACAGGCCAAAUGAAUCAAAUGGAGCCAUCUCUCGGGUUUAAAAGUGUGUUCUCUUUUCUCUGAUUUUCUUUUACAACGGGACAACUGUCAUAACACCAAGGAUUUGUACUGCUUCAGCGAACAGGUAGAACUUGGCAAUGCACGGCUGCUGUUAUAGACAUGCAUGCCUAUGUAGUCCAUUACAUCUGAAAUAAAUUUAACAUUGUCGAACUCCGAAAAUAUUUAGUGCUUCUAAUGAGAUAAAGAGGAAAAUACACUCACUUCGUCUUAUGUUUGGCUGAAUAGCACAAACAUCCUCUUUACCUUUCAAAAUGCAACAACCUUCCUCGGUUGUCACGAUGUUAGCGAUCCGUUUGGUUCGAACCUCCCUCUGCUUUCAUUUUUAAUAGCAUAAAUAUAUAUCAUAAUUAUUCUCUA